UUGUGGUACCUUCCGCACCACCCUGUCCUAAAGCCCAAGAAAACUCAGAAGAUCCGAGUUGCCUCCGAUUGUGCUGCCAAAUGUGCCGGGAUUGCCCUAAAUGACCGUCUAUUACAAAGCCCAGACCCAACAACUCCACCGAUUGAGGUGCUUUGCAGAUUCCGGCUGGGGUCAGUUGCAGUAGCGGCUGAUAUCGAGGAGAUGUUCAUGCAGGUCAAAGUCCCCGAAGGGCAAAGAUCCUUUGAUAACAUCGAGGAAGCAGUUCGACACGUUAGGGAUCUAUCCAAGGUACUGCUCAUGGGAGGGUUGAAGUUGACCAAGUGGAUGUCCAACAGUCGUCAUGCAAUCGAUUGCAUCCCAGUCGAUGAGCGGGCGCCGAGUCUCCGUGAAUUGCAGGGGAGUCCGUUGCAAAAAGAUAGAGCACUCGGUGUGCAAUGGGACUCAGAGAAAGACGAAUUCUUGUUCCAACUCCAGUUACCUGAGACGACAGCGACUCGCAGAGGAAUUCUGUUUUCGUUGGCCAGCCUUUACGAUGCAAUGGGGUUCGUCGCACCGUGGCUACUACCGGGCAAGAUUCUGCUGCAGGACUUGUGUAGAAAAAGGGUGAGACCCUAUGCGAGGCGGAUCACAAGACCUGGCAAAGCUGGUAGCUGA